GUUUCUCAUUGGCUUUUGGCGAUGAUAAUUCGCUGCCAUCACAUGCCCGUGCGGAUCUCAAUGAAUUUUGGAUGUGUUAUCUGGCUCUGGUGCGCCGAUCAUUUGAAUCAGCGGGUCGCGGGGAGCAAGGCAUCUUUGGAUGAGCUCGACCAGAUGAUGGAAUUUCUCCCGGAGACCGCAGCCGCUGCGACCACGACUGUCUUCCUGCGAGAUUAGAUAAGAAGAGUGGUAGCCGGGAGAUAACAGGGGCAGGGGGAGGAUGUUCUGCGCGAAGCUGAAAGAGCUGAAGAUAUCUGGAGAGUGUCCGUUCUCCAGCAGCGCCAGGAAUAAUGAGCGCGGGGACUUCGAGGAGCGCUCACCUGACGCCGCGGACGUAUUGCCUAUUUCUAAGGACGUGCACGGAAAGAUAGGAACCGAGGAUCUACCUCAGCAGAAGACCAGCAGAGCCAAAGUUAACCUGCACACACUCGGCGAAAGCAUCCGAAAAUUGGCAUGUCCCGAGUUCCAAAGGCUGCACACUGCCCUCCAACGAAUGAUGAAACUACCCGAUCAAACCAGGGACUCUGGAAGUCCCAUCAUUUGUUGCACAGACUAUCACAGUUGCACAGAUGACCCAGAACAUUUGGUGGAAAUGAUGAACAUUUAUUCCACCAAAACAGCAAUCAAGAUGGAAGCAUUAAAAGUUGCUCUUGGCGAGGAGCUGUUCAACAUGUGCUAUGAGGAGGACGGACACAUUUUGACGGUGGUGGGGGGAGCUCUCCACGACUUCCUCAACAGCUUCAACGUCUUGUUGAAACAGAGCAGCACGCCGCCCAACCCGGACCGAGAGAGUUGUGUAAACCAACCCUCUGUGCUGUGCUUAGACAAGGAUGCAGGUCUGCUCACUGUCUAUUUCUUCAACCCCCACCCGACCACUGAGCUCUUCUUCCCUGGAGUCAUCAAAGCUGCUGCCCGCCUGCUCUAUCACACCACUGUGGAUGUGUUGAUGGACCCCGCCGGUGCUAAAGACAGCAUCUUGCAAUCCAGCCCGCAGCCCAGGCUUCUGUACACAGUUGCGGUUAAGGAUGCUAAAAAUCUGAGUCCCAGUCCGCUGCGGGCCAUCUCAGCUGGGACCCUUCCCACCUCUCUGUUCUCCACCAUCUUCCCUUUCCAUCUGAUCCUGGACCAGGACUUGGUUCUGGUACAAAUGGGACACGGGCUUAGGAAGCGACUGCUCAGGAAGGAUGGACUGAGGAGGUCUUCUACCUUCCAAGAACAAUUCUCUAUUGUAUAUCCUCAGAUCAAAUGUACCUUUCCAGGUAUUCUGACCAUGCUAAACACACAAUUUAUUAUUCGGAUCAAGCAUGGAGUCUCCAUCGCAGAUAACACAGGCAAGCUCAUGGACCUCAAAGGUCAGAUGAUCUACGUUCCAGAGUCCAACGUCAUCUUGUUCCUGGGCUCGCCGUGCGUGGACAAGCUGGAGGAGCUAACGGGCCGCGGCCUCUACCUGUCGGACAUCCCCAUCCAUAACGCGCUGCGCGACGUGGUGCUGGUGGGCGAACAGGCCAAAGCCCAGGACGGUUUGAAGAAGCGUCUGGGGAAGGCCAAGGCGGCCCUGGAGCACGCUCACCAGGCACUGGAGGAGGAGAAGAAGAAGACGGUGGACCUCCUCUUCUCCAUCUUCCCCGGCACUGUGGCGCAGCAGCUGUGGCAGGGCCAAACGGUGCAGGCCAAGAAGUUUCGCCAGGUCACAAUGCUCUUCUCUGACAUUGUGGGUUUCACGGCGGUCUGCUCGCGCUCUACGCCGAUGCAAGUGAUUACCAUGCUCAGCGAGCUGUACACCAUGUUCGACCACGAGUGUGGAGAGCUUGAUGUUUAUAAGGUGGAGACCAUUGGUGAUGCAUACUGUGUAGCUGGUGGCCUGCACAAGGAGAGCGAGACGCACGCCGUGCAAAUCGCACUCAUGGCCUUAAAGAUGAUGGAGCUUUCAGACGAAGUUAUGACACCUACUGGAGAACAAAUACAGAUGCGUAUUGGCCUCCACACUGGUUCUGUACUGGCUGGAGUGGUUGGGGUGAGGAUGCCUCGCUACUGCCUUUUUGGGAACAAUGUCUCACUGGCCAACAAGUUUGAAUCCUGCAGCCUGCCGAGUAAAAUCAACAUCAGCCCAACAACCCACAGAUUGCUAAAGGAUCGGCCAGAGUUUGUCUUUGUCCCCAGGAGCAGACAGGAUCUUCCGGCCAACUUCCCAGAAGACGUCCCUGGUGUUUGUUACUUUUUGGAGGCGCCCUUCAAAACCGACACUGAAAGGAAGUCAAGCGGCUGCACAGCUCCAAAACGUUGAAUAUAACAAUAUGUAAACGUAUCCAGUGAACACAGUGCAAACUCCUUGUAUGUUUUGGUUGAGGUUGUUUAGAUAUCGAUGAUACUGUCAAGCCUAUAAGUCAUACUCUUGCAGCUGCUUGAUUACAGACGUGUCAGUUUGAGUCUUGUCUCUGUACAAUUUGUACGGUUGUAGCGCAGGGAAGUGCUCACUUCCUUCAUUUUUCUUCCAGAAACAGUAAUCUCUGAAAAUAGAUAUGAUGUAAAAAAGUGUCUUUCUUUGACUGUCCAUUUUCAAAUGUAAAAUGUACAACAUGCUAAAUGUGGCCUAAGAGGCCAUACCAUUUGUCAUGACAAGUCAGUUGAUGCAUCUGGCUUAAUGUAAACAAUUAAAUAUGUUGUCGUGUUUAAUAUAAUAUUGAAAUACCAUUUUGUAUGUUGCUCCUCAAAGGGAUGUUGCCAAAUCAAGCUUGUUUUCUUUAAAUAUCUUACUUGUCCAUUCACACCUAUCCAGACUCGCUGAAUUGUCUCGGGCUGUUUGUACUGAAGAAGAAGAAAAAAACACAAUUAAAACUCGCCCAGCAAUGUGUGUGUGUGUGUGUGGAAAAUCGGAUUAGGAAAUAGGGAAGUAAAUGAUAAAGUUAGUCAAAGACUGAGGAGACAUCCAGCCUUCUUAAACUGAGAUUCACUCCUCUAAUUAAAUGGAGUGAUGCAGAGAGGAUUAAGGUGCCUUAUGGGAAAUAUAUAGGCAGGAUCACAGUUGUUUCAUGUUAGUUCUACCUGCUUUUUUUUUUUUUGAUAUUGUUCUAAAUACGUUUUCUUGUCAAUUUAUUCCAGAAGAUUGGGGGUGAGACUCCGUAUAUAUUUAUAAUAACAUGUCACAGAGACUUCCAUUUAUUAGUCAUAGUAUAUUUAAAGAUUGCGUAAAAUAUAUGCAUUUUUUGUAACUUUUUCCCACUGUACACAUGUUUAUACUGUAUUACACUGAGCUCAUAGCACUCAUUUCCUCUUCAGCAAGAACAGUACAUAACCAGAAUAAAAUGAAUGUUCUAGUAUCCCUUAAUAUAAUGUGCUUGAAUAAAUAUUGUAAUGUAAUGUCAAAGGGAAUAAAUAUUGUUUUGAACGGA